UGUGACCGGGCCGCGGCCAUGGAGACGGCGUCGCGCUGGUUGCAUGGAGACGGCAGGUAUAAGAGGGCGGAGCGGGGGCGGGGCUGUCACACAGGUGUGAUGGAGUCGGUCCCGCGGUCGUUGCUGUGGCUCUCCGUCCUGUGUGUCCUGGGCGCUGUGCUGCUGGCCAGUGCCGGGAGCCUGCUCCUCAGCGCCCACCUGCUGCCGGACCUGCCCCGCUCCUCCGCCGCCAGCGUCCCCGCCCGGAGCCCACUGCUGGCCGGCUCCCUGCUGCUCCUGCUGCCGCUCGGCUUGUGGGGCUGGAGGGUGCUGAGCCGCCCGCUGGAGCUGCUGCGGGGCCCGGACGAUGUGGGCUACAUCCCGGAGCGGGGCCGGAGCCGGGCCCAGACCGCCAACCUGGUCCGGAGGAGGCGGAAGAAGGGAGACCUGCCCCCGGUCUAUCCCAAUGGCUGGUUCCAGGUGCUGGACUCGCACCUGCUGGAGCCCGGGGCCGUGCACAACCUCACCGUCUGCGGUGAACAGGUCGCCGUGUACCGUACCAUGGAUGGUAAAGUGUACGCUGUAGAUGCCUACUGCCCUCACCUCGGUGCAAAUCUUGCCGUGGGCGGUAGAGUGGUCGGCGACUGCAUCGAAUGUCCUUUCCACGGAUGGCAGUUUCGCGGCGAGGAUGGCAAAUGUACCAGGAUACCCUAUGCUGAAAAAGCUCCAGAGUUCGCCAAGCUUAAGACGUGGCCGUGCUGCGAAAUCAAUGGGAUGGUGUUCAUCUGGUAUCACUGCGACCAGAUCGAGCCGACGUGGAACAUCCCGGAGCAGGAAGAGAUCACCAGCAAGAAGUGGAUCUACAGGGGGCGCACCGAGCAUUACGUCAAUGCUCAUAUAGAGGAGCUCCCGGAGAACACCGCAGACAUCGCUCACAUUGCUUGCCUACAUGAACCCGGCCUACUGAGUGGGGUUGACCUCCGAUACAUAAAGUCAAGGAUUUGGGACUUUCUCAGGCACACUUGGAAGGUCCGGUGGGAGCCAGAACCAGCCCCCAACGAGCACUGCUCUCAGAUGUUUGUGCAGCAUUCCUGCCUGCUCUUCGGGAAGCAGUUCUCCCUGCUUGAUGUGGACGUCGUCGCUCUUCAGGUCGGCCCCGGUGUCGCGUUCCUGCACUUCUCGCACGCCUUCCUGGGCAAAGGGAUGAGUCUUCACUGCGUGACGCCCAUCGAGCCUCUGCUGCAGAAAGUAUCCCACAGUAUCUACUACCAGAGGAACAUUCCUGCCAUUGUCCCCAAGUUUAUUCUGAAGGCAUCGUGCAUCCAGUUUGAGCGGGACGUGAUGAUCUGGAACAACAAGAAAUACAUCUCCAAGCCUCUUCUGGUGCAGGAAGACGCUGCCAUCCAGAAACACCGCCGCUGGUAUUCUCAGUUUUACAGCGAAAACAGCCCCAAACUUAAUUUUCAACAGGACGGAUUGGUAUGGUGAAGACUUGGACUGGGUCUUCCCUUAAAUGUGCCAAAGAGACCUUCCAGGAUUUUGUGCUGAAAAUCUUAGUGGACAGACAGGACUAGUAGAUCACCAAGUUGUCACUGAAGGACUCUGGGUAAUGGACAUUCUCAAGUAGUUAAAAACAAAAAAAAUUCAGUUCAGAUGACUGUUCCUUGCAGUGGGUGGAGCCUGGAGGUCACACCCCUGAGGAACUAUACUGCCAUAGAAGUAAGGGGUAAUGUGCCUUGUCUUUUUAUAUGUUGUAUAUACUUGAUAAAUCAUGGUAUGCAAGGACCGAGGCUAGGUUAACAUGUACCGUAUCAUGGCCGGUAGGUAACACCGCAAUAACUGUGCCAAAUGAGAUAGUAAAAUGGGUGCAACCUGCGAAAACUUCCUGCUGUUAUUGGCGACAGUACUGCUACGUGUGAACCCGGCCUUGUGGUAUAUGGACUGUCAUUACUGGGUGCCGGAGAGGAGACAGAAAUCCGUCUGAGUGAUCGGAUCUCUCUUCAGACCUUGUUAUAUGUUUGCUUGGAUUCUGAGGACCAUUGUCCUGUUUUUAUUGCCUUGCACACCGGAUCACGUGCCUAUAAAUGCCUGCCAGCCUGGAAUGUAC